AUGCCAGAAAAAAGUGUCGUGUCGUGGAACGCGCUGGUGGCGGCGUACGCAAACGCUGGAGAAACCGAAGAGGCUGUGAAAAUGUUCGAGAAAAUCCCGAGGCCGAAUCGCAUUUCGUGGAACACUGUUCUUCAGGCAUAUGCCCAGAGUGGGCAUUUAAAGGAGGCAAAGUCGGUGUUUGAUCGGAUGCCCGAGAGGGAUAUCAUCUCCUGGACGACGAUCCUGAUGUGCUACGCAGAGAACGGCCACCCCAGCGAGGCCGAGAUGAUGUUUCGAAAGAUGCCCGAGCACAGCGUCGUGGUGUGGAAUGGGAUGAUCACGGCCUACGCUCUAAACGGGCAGAUCAGCGAGGCCAAGAGCCUCUUUGAUUCGGUGCCCAGCCGUGAUGUUGUGUCAUGGAACACGCUCAUGGCCGGUUUCGCCGAUCUCGGCCAUGCCGAUCGAGCGAAGAAGGCCUUCGACGCGAUGCCGCAGAGGAAUGUGGUGUCUUGGACGACGAUGAUCGUGGUUUUCGGCGACACCGGCGAUCUCACGGCUGCCAAGAGCGUCUUUAACUCAAUGCCGGAGUGGAACGUCGUCUCUUGGAACGCGCUCCUCCAGGGCUAUGCCCAAAACUCCACCAUCGCUGGAACGAAGAAGCUCUUUGAUACCAUGCCCGGCAAGGACGUGAUCUCGUACACCGCGAUUAACGGGCAUAUGGAGAGCGCCAAAAGAAUGUUUGAGCUCAUGCCACAGCGGGACCUCGUCUCAUGGACCGCGCUGACCGCCGCGUAUUGUCAACGUGGGGAGUUGACCGCCGCCAAGGGGCUGUACGACAAGAUGCCGGAGCAGAAUGUCGUGUCGCGCGCGACAAUGCUGUCGGCGUAUGGGGAAUCGGGGGACAUGGAGACCGCGAAAGCGGAGAUGCCCGACAGAGAUGUUGUGUCGUGGAACACAAUGAUGAUCAUGUAUGCGGACAAAGGGUUGCAAGUGAACGCAAAGCAUACGUUUGACUGUAUCCCGCAGCCGAAUGUUGUGUCGUGGAAUACGAUGCUGGUCGCAUAUGCCCAGGCAGGGCAUAUGCAUGAAGCGCUGGCGGCGUUUAACGCGAUGCCUGUGCAUGACUCCGUGUCCUGGACGGUGAUGCUUGCGGGGCUUGCGCAAAACGGGCGGAUCGAGCAGGCCAAGUCGAUGUUUCUCUCGAUGCCGGAGCAGGACACUGUGGCGUGGAAUGCGAUGAUCACGGUGCUCGCGCACAACGGGCAUGGAGAUUACGCGCUGGAGCUCUUCGACGCGAUGAAACUCUGCGGGAUCAAGGCGAGCGAGAUCACCUUCUUGAGUGUUCUCGUGGCUUGCAGCCAUGUUGGACUCGUGGAGAUCGGCGUGGGGCAUUUCGUGUCAAUGGUGUCUGACUUUGGGCUGGGUGCGUGGAGGGAGCACUACUCGUGCAUGGUGGAUGUCUAUGGUCGAUCCGGGAAGCUGGAGCUGGCGGAGGAUUUGCUGGGAGCUAUGCCGUUUAUGCCGGAUGAGAUCGCAUGGGGAUCGCUGCUGGGAGCUUGCAAGGUUCACAACGAUGUGGAGAGAGGGAAGCGUGUGUUCCAGCAGGCCUUGGAGAUGGACCCCGAGAACUCGGCCACGUACAUGACGGUCGCUAGUAUCUUUCGUGAAAGAUCCUCUCCGGUUGGAAGAAUAUUCCAAGCGCCAAAGAGAAUAAAAGAAGGAAAGAUGCUCUAA